GCGACAGAUGUCUCUGUGAAUGUCAAACUGUCAAAACGCUGAAGAACGUGUAUUUUUAAACAUUUGCGAUUUUCCAGGAGUUUAAUUGGAAACCCCAUCAAUUGAGAUGUCGAGCGACAGCACUUUGCAGUGUUAUAACAGGGGUUGCGGUCAAAAAUACGACCCCGCCACGAACAAAGACGAUUCUUGCAGGCAUCAUCCUGGGGAGCCUUUUUUCCACGAUGCCUAUAAGGGUUGGACGUGUUGUAAUAAAAAGUACACGGAUUUUACCGAGUUUUUAAAUACUAAAGGGUGUAGCUUGUCGAAACAUUCCAACGUUAAACCACCGGAACCAGAGAAGCCUGUUGAUGUUGAUAUCCCUGAUACUGAAGUGAUUGAGGUUAAGCCUGUCGUUAAGUCUGCCCUGGAAAGGCCAUCGCUUGAUUCGGCACUAGUCCUCAUGAAACCCCAAAUAGCUCCUUCGUUGCUAAACUCGAUUAACUCUGCUUCUGUAACGACUGAGAAUGCAAAUACCGAUCCAAAUGCGAUUCCUUUAGGCACGAUAUGUAAAAACGGGGGCUGUGGGGAGGAAUAUAAAGGUCCAACUACCAACGAUACGACUUGCAUACACCAUUCAGGGGUACCAAUUUUCCACGAGGGUUUAAAAUUUUGGUCUUGUUGCCAAAAACGCACUACUGAUUUUAACGCAUUUUUAAACCAGGUCGGGUGCGUCCAGGGCGUUCAUUUAUGGAAAAAAGAGGAAGGUGAUAAAAGUGUGGAUUGUCGAUGGGAUUUUCAUCAAACUGGUACCCAUGUUGUGGUUUCAGUGUAUGCAAAACAAUAUUGCCCAUAUAAAAGUACUGUGAAGCUGAAUCCUAUUAGAUUGGUGAUAAAUUUGUUUUUUCCGCAACAAGAUAAUGGUUUUUUUAAUUUAGACAUUGAGUUAAGAGGGAUUAUCAACAUUAAAGCAAGUCAAGUAUCAAUGUUUGGCACAAAAGUGGAAAUAAAACUGAAAAAAGCCGAACCGGGCAAUUGGAGUCGAUUGGAGGUGCCAAAAACCAACAAACAAAAGACAAACAACACGAUUAAAAACCAGCUGGUCGACAACAUAACCCCAAAAGUCGAAGCCGUUGAUUUAGACGACUUAUAAAUCUUUUCUUUUUAGAUAUAUAUAUAUGUAUGAUUAUUAACUUUUUAUCAACUGUUAAAACUAACUAAUAAAAAAAUUUGGAAUUUCUUUUGUUU